AGACGGCGAGCGGAAUGCAGCGGCCAGAGGCCUGGCCACGUCCGCACCCGGGGGAGGGGGCCGCGGCGGCCCAGGCCAGGGGUCCAGCGCUGCCCGCCCGAGCCGGGGAGCCCUCGGGGCUGCGGUUGCAGGAACCUUCCCUCUACACCAUCAAGGCUGUUUUCAUCCUAGAUAAUGAUGGGCACCGGCUGCUGGCCAAGUAUUAUGAUGACACAUUCCCCUCCACGAAGGAGCAGAUGGUCUUUGAGAAAAACGUCUUCAACAAGACCAACCGGACUGACAGUGAGAUUGCAUUUUUCGGGGGCAUGACCAUCGUCUACAAGAACAGCAUUGACCUCUUCCUGUAUGUGGUGGGCUCAUCCCAUGAGAAUGAGCUGAUGCUCAUGUCUGUUCUCACCUGCCUGUUUGAGUCUCUGAACCACAUGUUAAGGAAGAAUGUGGAAAAGCGCUGGUUGCUGGAGAACAUGGAUGGAGCCUUUUUGGUGCUGGACGAGAUUGUGGAUGGCGGUGUAAUCCUGGAGAGUGACCCCCAGCAAGUGAUCCAGAAAGUGAAUUUUAGGGCAGAUGAUGGUGGCUUGACUGAACAGAGUGUGGCCCAGGUCUCUCUGCUCAGACUAAUCCUUGCAUGGAACUUCCUGCCCUGGCACUAACUCCCUCCUGCCGUGGUGGCCCUGCCAAGAUGGGCCUGUGCCAUCUCAGGGGUGGUGCCUACUUUCCUACACUGCCCUUGGUGCUCACGCUGCCUAGUUCUGUGACUCCCCUGCUGGAAUGAGGAGUUUUGGGGGCAGAAAGAGGUUAGGGAACAAUGAGCAGCUCAGAUAAGAGCACAGGUGCUCAUGUGAGUCAUCCCAGAGUACAUGUUCCACCUCACCACCUAAAGCUGGGUGACCUGGGGCAAGUUAUUCAACCUGUCUGGGCCUCACAUAACAACAGAACCCUCCUUAGAGAGUUAUUAUGAGAAUUAGAUGAGCCAAUGCAUGGCAAGCUCUUAAGAUAGCUACUAGCAAGUCAUACAUGCUCAGUAAAUGGUCAUUACUAUUUUUCCAAAGGGGGGGGAAAUGAAAACGUAGCUUUUAAAAAUAGAAUUACUGAAUAAAAACAAGGGAAGCUGCAGGCAGCCAAUGGGGAUAAAAGGCAGAGAAAGAUUUCAGCUGGGAAAAUCGAAGGAACACCAGGCCAAGCUGUUUCUAAGGGAGGAGGAAGGGACAUACACACUGUGGGGUGGACCUUUGAAAGGGAAUGAGGGCUCAGCGCCUGUAGCUCAAGUGGCUAAGACACCAGCCACAUAC